AACCGAAUCAUGCCGAACGCGAAACAAUAAAAUGGCGUUGAAACUGAAAUACAAGGACGAGCACGGCGUUGUACAGAUCAACAUGAGUCCAUUGGCCAGUCCCCGCGCGGACGACAUCGCCGAUCCCAAAUUCGACACUAUAAACAACAGAUUCGGACAAUACGACCUCUUCGGGGGGAAAUACGACAGUGGAGGGGAGCAACCGUCGCUGUUCCGAAGCCGCUACAACAGUAUCGAAGAAGAACUGGCCAACACGCCGUACGCCUUCGCCACGGAACGAUCGCUCAGACUAAACACAUCCGAGAAUCUCGAUAUAACGAUAAAAUCGAUAAAUUCCCCCACGAACGAUAUAGAAGACGAUCGAUUCUUUCGUUGCAACGAUUACGAUUUGUUCGGGCCCCAAAUCGAUUUGAAAGACGAAGCUUUCACCGUGACCCAGCUGAUCCACGCUCAGGAUCGAUAUUUCGAUCUGUCUUCUAGGACGUCUGAUAGUUCUAAGGGUGUCAGUGCAGUGUCCAGGGAUGAAGGGGCGUUUAAAGUACUGCCUACGAGGGUGAAGACAUCACCGGCGUAUACACCUGUUCCAGUCGUGUCAACAGCGAAGAGAAAGACAGAGAAGUCAUUCGCGAUAUUAGCUGACCCUCCCGCCGCCUCCCGUCCAAGCAGUCCUCGCUCUCUUCCCGUGGAGAUUAAGCCGGGAAGAGUUUCCCCGUUUCGUGGUCGAGGCUUUAGAGAAGAAACUUCAAGACACAGCACUCCGAAAACCUCCGCAACCAACUCCAGAGCUAGUUCUCCACCCAGAAGAAGAACGAACUCCUUGCCAAGAAUAGACAAGAUGGCAACUGUCACUCUUCCCCCACCAAUCCAUAUAACUCACUCCCCCAGAAAUUUUCUGAAAGAAAACAUAGAAGAAGUAAGGGAACUGAGUGAGUUGAAUAGAGAAAAACAUGAAGCGGAAGCAGAAAAAAUGAGACAAGAAGAAGAAGAGGCUCUACUUAAGGAAAUGGGCAUUUUAGAUAAGAAAAUUCGGUCUAGAUCUACUUCCAGAACUAAUUCACCAAGUAGAUUAAAGCUUAGAUCUAGAUCGAAUUCUCCGGCGGCGAUAUUGCAUAUCCAAAAUGUUCCUUCGAGUAAUAAAACUAUUGUGAACGUUGAAAAUGUAGUGCCUAAACCUAACACUCACAGAUCUAGGGUUCGGACAGUUUCGAAAUCACAACCGCAAUCAAAUGACGGUUCUCCUAAGAAUUCCAAAAUACCUAAAAGACAGAGUUCUGUGUCUCCUACUAGAACAACCAAACGCGAUAUGUCUAACGGCAGAAGAUUUAUUGGGAAUGGCCUAAAUCAAAAUCAACGAUUCAUUUCAAACAGCACAAGCAGCAUCCACGAGACAAUAAGAGUAGGCAGUCAGGUUCACGACAAAAGAGGCAUGAGUAAGAGUACUCAGAAUUUAGACAUAUCUCCUGCUCACAUUAGAGGAAAACCUCCGAUUUCACCAGGCAAAGGCGGACCUCCUCCUUCAAAUAAGACUAUUAACGCCAAACGGCUUUCCCCUAUUGUUGGCACACCAAACAAAAGCCCAACAGAAGACCCGAAGCCAAGUUCGGCUAGGACUCCAACAAAACCAUCCACAGUACCAAGGAAAGCGACCAAAACAGCUGAUAAUACACCUGUUUCGUCUAGAUUGAAUUCUAGACAGCCUAGCAGAUCAGUCAGUAGGGAUCCAAGUCCUGAAAAACGUACAAAAACCACAGUUAAACCUCCUCCUGCAAAAACUGUAAAUCGAACAUCAAGCAACAAAACUGUUUCAAAAACUACCGUUUCCAAGCCUGAACCAAAAAAGCCUAUAAGCAGAACUAGUAGUAUUAAAAGCCUCACUAGAACUCCCAGCAGUAAAACACUAAACGAAAAACCGCCACUGAAAAAGACUAAUAGUAAAAAGGAUUUAACAGAAAAAUCGCAACCGAAUGGCAAAGUAAACGAAGUUGGAAUAAAAAAGGAUUCACUAAAAGAAAAGAGUAAGCCACAAAAAAGUUCGAGCUCUGAGAAGGACGAUUCAAAACUACCAGAAACAGUUACAGAAGCUAAAAACCAAACAGCUUCGACCGAAACUGAAACUGAAGAGAUUAAAAAGCAAGAUAACGAAACUCAAUACGACAGAAUCACUAACGACAAAGGCGAGCUAGUUGUUAUGACUAAGAAAAAUAUAGUGUCAAUGACAACUGCCGCGAUUACAUCACAACCACUAGAGGUAGUUACGAAAGUUACAAAUCAGUUACCUGUUGUACUGGAAAAAGCUAGAGAAAAGGCUAUGCUUGAGAGACUGAGCUCUAAAGAAUCUUUACUAGGAAAGGAAGAUGAAAAAGACAAAGAGAAAAUCAAGGAUACGAAAGAAAAAGACAAAAUCGAAGAUAAUAGACCCCCGAAACCAGCUAGAAGUCACGACAGGACUAUAUUCGUGGAAGACAAUGUUAAAUUGAAACCAUUGCAGCCUCCAUACAAUAAUCCGCAAGUCGAGAGGGUAAAGCAGAAAAUUGAUGACAUUCUAAAAGAACCCGAAAUUUCUACAGAAAACAUUUUAACCGCUUCAGCCAAGUCUCGCGAAGCUAAAAGUACGUUUAAAACUUUCGCCACGAAAACUGCGGCGGACGUUAAAGAAGCUAAAGAUGAGGUUUCAAAUAAACUGACGAACAUAAAAGAUCAAGUCGUUAAGCAAAACGACAAAAUGGUGACUGAAAUCCGGUCCGAAGCCACAAAAAUAGUCGACAGCAUCAUAACACCAGUUGAAGAGCCGAAAGAAGUUCCCGAAAAACCAAAACCUGAACCGAAAAAAGAAGUAGAGCCCGUAGUUAUGGUGGUGACUGAAAAGAAAAAUAUAGAGAAAGAAAGCGCAGAGAAAGUUAAUGUAGCUAUAGUGAAAGGUGGGGCAGAUAUAGAAGUGCAAAGUUCUAAUGUACCGGCGCCGGAUGUAAGCAAAAUUAUCUUCGAUAACAAUACGACGGACGAGUCGGACAAAUCAACACAAAGCAAUGGAGGAUUUCCUCAAAGCGUUAGCACAACGCCCAUACCACCGGCCAGAACUCGAAGAGAAUCGAAAAAACAAGAAACGAACCUCGAACCCGCAAUACCAAGCGACGAACAUCCAAAACCGCCGAACUUAUGCGAAAGAAUCAUGGGGAAAUGCAAAUCUAAAUGUUGCCCGUGCUGCGUCAAAGGACCGAAAGAAAAUGACGAUAAAAUACAAGAAGAAAGUCUAACGCGAGAAAAUUUAGAGGCGUCGAAAGACAAUGAGAGCGUAAUGAAAGAGGACCGGCAGAAAGAAAUAUCCGAAACUUUGCAUGGAAAGAAAAUGGGGCUGAUGGAAAAACUUAACUGUUGCAAAAAAAAAGAAAAAGAAGAGAUGAUAAGAGACGUUGAAACGGCAACAGGAAAGGCCUCAGUCGAAUUCGAGGACGAAGUGAAACGCAAAAGGAAAUUCCGCGACAUAAUCUGUUGCGGUCGCAAUCAGCGUGUCAGCGACAUGUCACCGAGAAACAUUGCCAUGUCAACGGCAAAUGUUGCCAUGUCGCCGGCCAACGCUGCCUUGACUCCCGCCGUUGCCGACGACACUGGAUGCUGUGGGAGAAGAAAAAGCCAAGUGGACAGAAGAGACAGUAUAUUGAGUGAUAGGACACAUACGAGCUGCUGCAACAACCGCUUCGGCUCGUGGCUCCGCGGCGUGUGCCGUCGACAGUCCGAGCACUCCUCCAGUAGAAGGACGAGCGAGUUCUCUAAGAACAAAAGUCUCUCACCAACUUUACCACCCGAGGAUACCCGGAAGAAACUCGACACUUCUUUGGUUGAGCACACGAGUGUGAUGCGUGGAGCUAUCCCGAUACUGCCGAUAGCUCUAGCAUACUUCUGUUUGCUGUUCAACAUAAUCGUUCCCGGCCUUGGGACGAUCUGUAGCGGAUUGUUCUGUCUCUGCUUCGGCAUACCGAGGUUUGGAGUCCACGACGGAGCCAGACACAGAAUAGGGUCAUUCGUGAUCAACCUGCUCGUUGGUUGUGGUCAACUGUUCACGGUUCUCUUCUGCCUGGUCGGUUGGGGCUGGUCUAUAUGGUGGGGUGUCAUUAUGCUGAAGAUAUCACGGAAAUACCGCAAAUUAAGAGCUGAGGCAGCAGCACAAGAGGCCGAAGCUCCUCCCAUCACAGCCAACAAUCACACGCGACCGUAAUGUCAGAUUGACAGCACUCAUCUGUCAAAUAAUGGCGCGAACACUAUUAUAACCUGUAACAUAAUUAUCAGCGGAACACUCCAAUGUUAUCUAAACUAAACAGAUUAUAAUAAUUUGGAUGUUUUGAAAAGACGAUUUCGAGCUCUUUAGUAGCGGAGCUAACGGAACGUAAGCAGAAGUCAUGACAAGUAAAGUUAUUCAGCGGGAACAGUAAUAUUUCCUUCAAUUUGUUGGUAGAAAUGUGUUAGUGCGAAAUUUCUAAGAAAUUUACAAUUGUACAUUGGCAACACAGUGAGUUUCAGUAAGCGGUCUAAAGUAUAAUAAUUCCUGACAAAAUACAUAUUAUGAUUAAAAUGUAAAUUAACAUUAAUCACGUUAACCGAACUAUAAAAUUACUAUAAAUAAUAUUUAAAAAAAAAACUUUUUUCGGUGCUAAACAAUCGUUUAAAAUAAAAAGGCCCCACACUAAAAAAAAUAUAAAUUCUAAAAUUAGAGUUUAAUUGUAAUAUAGCAUAGGUACCUACUUAAUUUAGAAUUAAAUAUUAUUUGAAAAAAAUAUAAUAUUAAAAAUAAAAUAAUUGGAUUUAUUCUCGAAAGAUAUUAAAAAAGAAAUUACAUAUUUAUAAUGCAAAUAUCUCUACAAUAUUAUAAUGAAUCUGCUGGUCAGAUUAAAAUCCAUGGAGAGUUGCCAUGGUAGAAAAUUUACUUCCAUUUAAUAGCUUUUCGACCAUUUUAAGGUCACUUUUUUCUCUUUAGUAGAUCAAUUGUUACUAAUGUUAUAAUAUUAAUAAUACCCCAAAGUGCUUCGAACAAAAGAUAUUAUUUUUGAUGCAAAAUGAAGGAUCCGCUUAAGCUUGAAGAAGCAAAAGGUUUUUGCAUUAUGGCUAUAAUUAAAAUCAUAAAAAUGAGCAUAUAUGCGAUGUCUGUCUAUAUACUAAUAUGUAUAUAUCCUAUGAAUCACAAGAAAAAACACACGUUUAGUUUGAAGGACGGGUCCACUUAUAUACAAAAGAGAUUCGACCUCAAGCCUCAAGGCGAGAAGCUGCAUUCAUGCUGUUAAUGUCUAUAAGCAAUCACUUGGAUCCAUGCCAGCUGUGAGCUCUUCCACCCAUCACAAACAAGAUGUACACCAAAAUAGCUAAAAAAACGUACUACACUGGCUAAAUAUUUAUACAAGGAUUUUGUUUUUAAUUGAACUAUAUUUUACAGAAAAAUGGUCAACGCCGACCGUAAAUACAAAAUUUUAUUUAAUGAUUAUUAAUUAUUUUUAGGAAAUUAAAAGAAUGGGGAAAAUAAUUCAUAUCUAUUUAAGUGUUAUUUUGUUUUUAUUCGUUACAAAAUAGCUCUAAUUAUUGCAAAGCAGCUUUGACAAAAUAAUUAAAAUUAAAAUAAACAUUACGCAAUCCCCAAGUCGGACCUUCUCAGCAAAAUAAUAUUUAUACGAAUUCUCAUUUUGCAUUAAAAGAAACUAACUUUUAAGAUAAUUUUGUAUAUGACCAAAAUAACUAAUUAAUACCUAAGAUUAACUUUAUUGAAAAUUAUAAUAAAUAAUAUUACCAUAGUAUUUGAUAUUAUAUAAAUGAUAAUA